AUGGAGAGCUACUUUGAAGACGAUGGACCGCUUGCUGCGCUGCUCGAAGGUCGGUCACGCAGACGCGCCUUCCUCUUUGACCGGACAAACCCACUAAAGCGAAGCUGCNNAGGCCAAGGCACCGCCGACGACUCGUUCAACUAUCUCAACCAUGAGCCCUCGCAUACUCCUCCCUUCACUCCGUCCGUCGCACCGCAGAAGCCCUCGCUCAAGCGCUUCACCCAGCCCCUAAACCUGCGACUNCCUGCCCAGGGCACCAUUUCCAAGCUUCACCACGCUUGGUCGCGUGCCGUCAACUCUCGCAUCGGCCGAGCUGAGAACAACCGCUUCCUCGAACACUUCCGCUAUCUUAUCGUCGCCUCGCAGCUCCUCAACGAAUAUCCGGAUCUCGGCUCGCUGCACACUACCCAGAUCAACGGUGCUCCUUUCGGCCACACAGACUUGACUCCAAAUGCUUCGCUGAACGUCUCUGGUGUCGCUGCUACCGCCGGCGUUGCCUUUGUGCUCGUUCUCCUACUCAACUGGCUUCGCGGUUCUCGAUUGAGCAAGAGUCGUAUCCUACUGGCACUGCUGUGCGCUGCCGUAGCUGGCGUUCUGUUCUACGCAUACAUCCGUCGACAGUGGCUGCAGUACCUCAGACACCAGGCUGUGGAUAGCGUCUCCUCGUUGACCACCAAUGCUCGUGGCUUUGACAUCACUACCUCCGCUGCCUUAUCUCUGAUCCAAGAGGUCGAGCUUGUAUCCAAGGGCUACAGACUGAGCACCCCACUCCCUCCAAUCUCCCGCUUCGACGAUGUCAAGGUCAACCGAAAGUGCGCCAAACUGCGUAGUGCCCUCAACAAAGCCUACACCGAAGCACUGCCUGCCUUCAGAGAUGCAACCAUCUCGCUCAAGGUCUUGCUAAAUCAAGAUGAUAUGGAGAAAUACCUGGAUGUUUACGACAUUCCUCACCACGCUGUUCAGGAGGCUGUAAGUCCUGCAUUCGUCUCCCUGGAAGAAGACGAUCCGGAAUCCCUCAGAAGCCUCCGUGUUGUCAGCUACCAGUACAGCACUCUCAGAAGAGUCGUCUGUUGCUCCCUCAUGUCCCUCGAGGCUGAUGGAGGUAAUCCCGAUUUCGCUCGCUGGUCGGCCGCAACCAAGAUCAUGAACUCACUAAGCACUACUACUGCGACCUGGGCACAGAAGUUGAGUGAACUCCUUCGUGAAGUUGAGGAGUUCACAAUUCCCAGAGAGGCAAGGCUCUCUACCAGACCCGCCGGCGAGCGUUUACGCACACAGGUCCGCAAGAUCACCGACCUCUCUCAAGGCAUCAGAUCGUUACAAGCGAAAAUGGCUCUGAUGAGAGAAGAGUCCACCAAGGCAAUCGAAGAUUCAGAUGACCUGACUGAUCUUGGCCCCAACUUGAUGUCGCAGUACGAAUCUAUCGGGGCCGAUCUCAAGAUCUUGAUGCAAGCCUGGGAGAACGGCAAGGCGUCUCUCGCAAGCAAUCUCGACAAGCAGGAGCGUCGUAUCUCGCAAGCAUCAAGUGGUCUUCGUUCGCCAGCCCCAAGCCUUGGUGGAUUGACUGCUGUUGAAGAGGGCGGACCGGCCGAUGCCUUGCGCGCUCUGAACGGCGAAUCAAAGUCAAACAGAUCAAGUCUUGCAGGAUCCGGCUCUGAUGAAGAAGUCUUUGAGGGUGUAUCUCUGCACAUACCACGUCAACGCAGUUCCUUGACCAGAGAGGAACGCAUCGCUAAGAUGCAAGAGGAGCGAGUACGUCUGUCCGAAAUGCGCGACAAGCGUGACUCGAGUACCAACAUGAUCCGUGAACUCCAAUCCGUCAUGAACCUGCGACCAAAGCGCAAUACCAUGGGUGCACGCAUUACCUCUAUAUGA